GUCUUGAGACUGUUUUAAUUCUGGAUCAACGUCGACUUCUUCUGUGGAAUCAAAUGUUACAAAAACUGUCACAUUUACAGCCUUACGUGGCCAAGAUAGAUCUUGUACAUGCAAAUCUUCUCAUCCAGUUGGUAGAACACAAUCAGUAACUGUUAAUAUUGAAGUGUUAUAUAAGGCAUCGAUUGUAUCAUUUGUUGCCCAAGGAAGAGUAAACGUUUCGUCAGUUACAGUAGAUGAGAAUGACAAUGUACUGUUUGUUUGUAAUAUAGACAGUAAUCCUAGAUCAAAUAUUGAAAUAGCAUUUCAAGAUAAAAUACUUCAUAGACAAAACAUGACAGACACGUUACGCUACACACAUAAAGCUGUUACUUGUCUCGAAUCUGGUAUUUAUACUUGUACUGCGAGGAAUCAGUAUAAUUUUGGGAACGAUGCCAUAGCAACAUUGGAGUUACAUAUAAAAUGUUCUCCGCGUCCUCUUCAUCAAAUGAAGACGAAUUUCACGAGCGUGUUGUAUGAUACAGCGACACUCAAUUUUACAGCGUUAGCAUAUCCAGAACCCGGAAUGAAUGGUUUCGUCUGGCACAAACAAAACAGUUUCACAUGGAUACCGCUACUGAGUAACGCUGACGUAGUUAUCCUCUCAUCAGGUCUUCAUACAAGACUGACUAUUAAAAACGUAUCGAGGUCCGACUUUGGCCAUUAUCGUGUAACUGUGACAAAUGAAAUCGGCAAAUAUGAGCAGUACAUUUUCUUAACUGAAACAGGGCAACAAAAAACACCAACUGAGACCAUUCUUCCCUCAAAAAAGACGUUGGAAAGCACAGGACUAAUUAUUAGUGUAACUCUCGGCAUUCUGUUUGUCACAGUUACGAUAUAUGCUAUAAGCAUGUCAAUUUACUUCAAACGAAAACUGAUACUUCUAGACGCACAGACAUCUACACAGCCAAGUCAAAGAGCAUACGCAAAUCUGAGUUUCCAAACUGUCAAUACAGAUGAAGAUUAUUCUAGGCCAUCAACAAAUGAUACUGCUGCUGUGACCAACGACAACGAAUAUUCUGUUCAGAAUUAUACAGAUUUGCAUCAUCUCUCAAAUGACAACCAAAGGACAUAUGAUGUUAUUCAGAAAACUUAAAUUGUUUCAUCUAUCUUUCAAAGACAAUAGCAUUUAGCAAUCUUUCAAAAUCUUUGAAAGGAUUGAAUUUUCCUAGGACAAAAGUAUUAUUAUUAUGAGUUGACUUUCUUUUAUUUAUAACUAAAAUGCAUCUGUUCACAAUUCAUAGGUACUUCCUGAAAACAUAACUUUUGUUUUCUGUAGAUUUUAAUCUAAAAUUUCGGCAAUUAAUAUUGAGAUCAUUCACAAGUAGAGAACAAAAUAAUUGAGACUGGGUAUACCCCUAUCCAGAGCAACAUUACUGUUACUAGUACUGCAGUAAUUUUGCAAGUAUUGGAACUGAUACUGAAUUAACUGGUACAGAUAAUGCAUUACUGUUUUAAAAAGUAGAACUGCAUUACAGGGCAUUACUUUGGUUUUGAUAAAAAUGUCAUCAGUUUGUCUCAAAAAUAGAAAAAAAUGUAAAUUCCAUGUAUUUUUUUAUUUUUGUGAAAAAGUAAGUUUUCAAAUCUUACUUAUAACUACAUUUUGUAUAGAAAACCAGAACUUAAGAAAGUGCAUAACAUGGAAAUUUAGCAUAGAAAAAUCAUAAUACAUACAUGAAUUAUGUAUUUUAUUUACAUUGUUUUCUUUGUUUUUUCAUGUUUUAAAAUUUAUGCAACUGUUUUAAACAGUUAUCGAAACGGAUUCAUCGUUAAGGGAUAAAUUAGCGAAUAUUUUAUGGUAAUUUACAUUUAUUGUAGUAGUAUAAAUAUAAACCAUGCAGAUUUGUUGAACUGACUUUGAGUUUUAACCAAAUACAAUGACAACAACAUACAUGUAUAUUUUUAUUUACUGAAACAUACAUACAACAUGUAAUAUGAGCAUUAAUAUCAUAAUGUUUAACAAGGCAUUUAUACAAAUUGAAGAAAUAAAUUAUGAUAAAUAAAAGAUACUUGAAAAUAUAAUAAUAUCAUCAUAUCUAUUAUAUAUUAGUAAUAUAGAGACACAUUAUGCCUUCGAACGAAUAAUUCAUGUGUGUUUCUGUUUAAUUUCUUGACAAGGGAAACUGUGAAUUUUACUACAUUUAAAUAAUGCUUUAAGAGAAUAUUCGAUAUUUGUUACCAAUAAAUGUGACGAAACAAUUGCCACACAUUGGAAUCUCUUCUACUAUUCUAAAUAAUCCUAUUUCAAGUGAUAUUGUUAGCUGCAUAAAAAGGGGUUAUUUACUUUAGUAUAAAUUGGACAGAGGUGUGAAUGUAAUAUUAAUUUUAAAUAAAAUGAUAAUUUCAUUUUUUGGCUGAAUAAUGUACGCAUGUUUUAAAAUUUGUACAUGUAGUUAAAAUCAUUAAAAUAUGUAAAUUUG